CACACACACACACACACACACACACACACCCUCCACGCAGACAGACAGACACUUUGUGUUUCAGCCUCUCUCAGUCACACGUCGAGCCGGAGUGAAGCGAAGCGCCUCUGAAGACCAACUCGCAAGACUCCACAAUGGGGAAAGGAUGCAUCACAGUCACCAAGUACUUUCUGUUCCUCUUCAACCUGCUCUUCUUUAUCUUUGGAGCAUUGAUCAUGGGCUUUGGACUGUGGGUCCUUUUUGAUGACAAGAGCUUCAUUGCUGUUCUACAGGAGUCAUCAGACACUGUGAAGGUGGCUUCGUACAUCCUCAUCGGAGUGGGAUCCCUGUCAAUGGCCAUGGGCUUCUUCGGCUGCAUAGGAGCCAUCUAUGAGAUCCGCUGUCUGCUGGGGCUGUACUUCACCUGCCUGCUGCUCAUCCUCAUCGCUCAGGUCACUGCUGGCGUUCUCAUUUACUUCCAGAGAGAUCGGUUGAAACAUGAGAUGUCCAAUAUCAUCAAGGAGCUGAUCGUGAACUACACUGGCCAGAACAGGACCACAGAGCACACCUGGGACUACAUUCAGAGGACGAUGAAAUGCUGUGGAUGGACCGGCCCGGGAAACUGGUCCGAGAACCUUUUGAUCAGGAACAGUUCCCAGACUCUCUACUCCUGCUCCUGUCGCAACGACAGCCUGCCUGGCACGGAGAAAAGGGAAUACGGCAUCUGCGAGCACCUGUCUUCAGAAGCGCCUGUCUAUGAAACGGGCUGCAUAACCAGUGUGGAGAAAUGGCUGCUGGAUAACUGUGGCGUUAUUCUGGGAAUCUGUGCCGGUGUGGCAGUCAUAGAGCUUCUCGGGAUGAUCCUCUCAAUGUGUCUGUGCAAGAGCGUCGUGCAGGAGGAUUACACCAAAGUCCCCAAGUACUGAGAUGAAGAAAGCAGCUCCACCGCGCACACAGAUGGACGGACUCUCUCUCUCCUUGCCUCACAUUCUCAUGCGCGCGCACACACACACACACACACAAAACACAAGAAGACAGCUUUCUUCACCAUUUCAGCUCCUCUUGUAUUUACAGCUGCCUCUCACACUCUCACUCUCACACACACACACACACACACACACACACACACACACACACACACACACACACACACACACACACACACCUUACACCAUUCAAUCAAGCUUGACUCACUUGUUGUACACAGUCAAGUUGACAAGUCAUGUUUUUUUGGUCAUAUUUUGCAUAUUUCAAGAAGAUUUUUUUUUUUUUUUUUGGCGGAAGCUAAUGAGUUUUGUGGUUUGAUUCUAUGCUAAUGUUCAUUUAUUCUUGGCUGACCUCAAUCAAGCGCUUAACGUUACGGUAGAGAGAGAGAGCACUUUAAUGAUAUAUUGGGAGACCUCCAGUCAUUGAGAUGAGAGGGAAGCAGGAGGGUGUGUGUGUGUGUGUGUGUGUGUCUGUGUGUGGUUGGUAAAUCCUCUGAAGGAUUAAUGCCGCCCUGGUGUUUUCUGGUGCAGAGGGUGGAGGAAAGUCAGAAGGCCGAGGGCGGGGCUGCAGCGGUGAGGGUUUUGGCUCCCUGCACCCGGUCGGCCUGGUAUUAGUCUCCACCAACACCCACCGUCACUGCCUUCCCCUCCUCUUCCCUCCUGCGAUCCAUCAUCUGCUCUCGUCUCUGAAUCUCUGUGUUCCUCCUGGGUGUGUAUGACUGGUAACCAGUGGUCCUUGAAAAUGAUCCAUUUUGCAUGAAGUAAAGAAGUGUGUGUGUGAUAUGUUGAGUUAAUAUUUUAUGUCUUUUUUUUUUUAAUAUUCUUAUGUCUUUUUUUUUAAAAAAUAACUGUGUAAAAUGACUUGGUGAUGGAUUAAGGCACUUGAGUGCUUGGUCAGUGUUUUAAGUAGGAAAGCAUUCACCCACAUGCUCUUGUUUUAGGAGUCCUAUUGUUCUUUGCUUCCUCUCUAUUGUUUAUGGUGUGCAGACUUCGGCUGCCGCGGCGGCUCGUCAGCACCGUUUAGAUCUGAGUAAGAAGAAAUGGAAACCCUCGGAGAGACUCCAUCAUCACUUAAAGCCAUGUUUUUAUGACUUGUACUUGGUAUGACUUCCUGCUCUGAACAUCUUUAUUUAAGCUCCUCACAUCGGCCUUUAUUGUUAUUACUUUAACUGAAAUACGAAAGUGGCAGCUGUGUGACCACAUUGUACUUUUCCUUGUCUGCACGAUUGUUUCCUGAGAAGUCAUUAUUCUGUUUAUUUUAUUGGUAACAAGAGCAGAGAUGAGCUCUGAGAGAUAUGUUGCUUAUUAUCUCAGGCUGCUGGACUAAAACGUUCCGGUUUUCUCGUCCCAUUUAUCCGCCAUCUAAUUUCCUUUUUAGUCCUUCCACUUCAUUUCAGACACACUAUUAUAGCUGUAAUUAAAGUUAAUUUAGGGAAUAGGUCGCACUUUUAUGUGGCUUGUCAGUUUUCUUGCCAUUUCACACAAGUCUUCAGAUUAUCUUUACCGUGUGUGUUUACACACAGCGACCAUACAAACGGCGGCAGUCAGCUUCUGUAUUUUGACUCAAACAUUGAUAUUAACUUGAUGAAAAUGAAGGCUUUUUAUUGUGAAAAUAUUUUGUACACUUUUACAAAAAAAAAAGAAAGUUUGUUACGUAGAAAAGCAAUGUUUAGGUAAUGUUUAUUUUUCUUUAUGACUGAGAAUUAAUAAACCUGAACACACCAGUA